AUGGCGGUGGUACUCGACGAGGCUGAGUUUGCGGGUAUGCUGCACGGCCGUCUUCUACCGACGCACAUCCACACAACGGAAUUACGAUUGCAAACGAUAAGGAGAAUUCCAUCCCGGUACGAUAUCGCACUGAGGGAUGUGGAGGAAGAUGAAAAGCUGCACAUACACUACAGCUGGACACUGUUUGAUGCUGUCAAGCAUCUUUCUCGACCGUUGCAGCCGACUGGCGUGAGAUUUCCUCGAGCAACGACGACCGAAGAAAUUAGGGAAGCCCCAUGCUUUACACAGGGCCAGCACGUCUGGGAGAUGGACUGGCCAUCUGAGACUCGGGGCAGCCGUGCUGUGGUGGGUGUGGCUACAAAGGGUGGUCUGAUGUACCCCGUGAAACGAAAGGCAGAUGGUGAACAUUCCAAAUAUAGAUCCUGGGGAUGGGAUCUGGUCACCACCAAGCUUAUGAUGGACGGCUUUGUUCACGAUGGCAGUGGUGAUAGGUGUUACCCCCUCCAACAGGGUAACAUCGUGUACGUUGUCCCUGAUAAGUUCCAUGUUGUGUUGGAUAUGUCUGACGGCACUUUGUCGUUUAUUGUGAAUGGCAAAUGGCUGGGGAUAGCGCUCAGCGGUAUGGCCGGGCACUCUCUGUACCCUUUCGUCACCUCCAGGCGAGCUAAUUGCCUUUCUAUGGUAGCAAUGCUAGUGAGGCUCAAAGGGAGUACACUACCAGAUAUUCUGGUCAGCGAGUUCCCAUUACACAAGUAUUUGCAAGGCUGCAUCAGUGUUUGGUGGAACGAGGAUCUGUCCACAAGGAGAGGAAAUAUUUCUUCCAUCGUAGCUGGCUAUUAUCCUAGUCCUGUACCCCUUACUUCCCUCCCCCCUCCCGCAACGGAAGACAAGCCUGCUACCAACAAGCCAAUCCACCGGACGCAGAAGGAGAGGGAGUGA